GCAAUUUGGAAAUAUCGACGAGGUCUCUAUCGUCGAUGUGCUUAGUUGUAUACAACUAUAAGUCUUGUUCUUUCUUCCCCAGUCUACAACCUGUUAGUAGUAGUACCAAGAUGAUGAACAAAGAUCAUCGAUGGUGACGGAAAUAGGCCUCACCACCUUGCUACUUACUUACUAGUACUAGUAGUAGUACCUCCUUGAAAUUGAAUAACAUGGAGAAGGCACCACUGGCAGAGAAUGGCGAGGCAGGUCCGUCAGGGUUGGAGACAUUUUUCCUUCACGAAGCAGUCGAGGAGGAUGCGGACGAGGCGGUUGAUGAAGACUCUUUUUUCGAUGAUGUCGCCGAACUUCUCGGAGACGAUCACGCGGGAGCCGAGGAGUUCGCCACCACGUCUGCGGACGAAGAUGAUGUGGACCACGGCGAGAGCAGAAGAGGCAUCAUCCAGGCUAAACUGUCAGGAUCCGAUGGCCAAACGGGAGCAGUGCUGGCCAGCAGUUCGCCGACAAAGCUGUUCUAUAUCGAGAAGGGCCCUCCUGACCUCGAAGAAGGUGAGGGACGUCGGCCGCCUUCAACAACAAGCGAAGGGAUGAAAAGUGCGGCGCAAGAAGCGCAGGGAAGAAAAGGUGGGGGAAAUGUUUUAUUGUUUCAUAGCGCUGGUGAGGGUGAGGGUGCAGCGCAAGGAGGCCUCACCGAUGGGGAGCUCGCGCGUCCAACUUUAUCGACGGAGCCUACAACAGUGGCGGAACGAAAAAAUGAUUCAGACCCGCAGGAGAAUCCAGCGAGAACGAUUUCGACUGCGUCUGCAUCAUCAAGUAGCAGCCUAGUCAUAGACAGCGGUGCUGCUGCUGCGGGUGAUUCAGCUUGUGUUUCUAGUGACGAUAUGGCAGUGUCGGAAGUCCCACACGCACAACAGGAGAUGAACAAGCGCAUAUCUGCUUCUAGUACAACACCCGACAUAGACAGCGACCGCGCUGGAGGUAGAGCUAACGGCAUAACUAGCACAAGAACUGAAAAAUCAGCAACCGGCACGACAGGGAGCGAAACGAAAAACGAAGCAAGCUGUGAUGCAAAUCAAGACGAUGACUCUGAAAACCAGGAACAAAAAGAUCAAGCUUGUAGAGGUAGUGCCGACAUGAAGCCAACAAAUCAAGUAGAUCAAGAUGGAUCGCCGCCAGCAGACGAAGAUCAACAGGAGCAAGUAGACGAGAAAGACGAAUCCUCAAAGGAGCUGCCCUUAGCGACUUCAGAGCUACCAAAGAGUGAAAACACGGUGGAGGUCGGAAAUGAAUUGGGCGACCUCGAAGUAGAACAGUCACAGAAAACGGAAGGAAAAAACGCGAAUUCCUCAAGCGCAAAGACGAGGAGCUCUAGUGCUUUGCGUGGUCGCGGAAGCAAACCAAAACAAACGAAGCCACGCUCAAAAUCCUAUCGAGUUCAAACCGGAGCAAAAACAAAAGCUAAGAAUGGAGGCGCCAGUGAUGGGAGUGCCAGUGUUUCGGGUACAGAUGGCGACCAAACAGCUUCCUCCGCGUCUUCAUCAGCUGCAGGUGCGCCGCUCGCGAGAUCAGCAUCGUCGCCGCUUCUGUACUACCCGGAAACAGAUCGCGCUGCGCGAUCAAAGGACCUCUCUGACCGGUUACGCAGUCUCGCACGGCCACGAGGUUUGGGGUCAGAUCGGCCCAUGCCGACUUCAAGUCAUUACAUCGAUCGAAGCGAAGACAAUAGUCCGGCCAGCCGAACCAGCCCCAGUGGGAGGGUACCCGACAUUCAGUGCGUGUUUGAACUUACAUGUAACUUGUGAUCUAGUACUAGAACCAGUAAGUUGUAGAUCCGGUUCCUGAUAUUCUUGCCGCUUUGGAUUUGGGAGAAGAAGGACACAAGGCAUUCUACUUACCAAAAACCUUUAUUCUAGAAAGAGUUGUUGGACCAACAGGGUGAAAAGCAAUUAUGUCGUGCACCUUGAACUUUUUUUUUCAUUUCUGGGAAUCUUAGACUUAGACUCCCUAAACUUUCACUUGCUUACUCGAUGAGCACCAACAACAUCAGCGCUCUCCCAUCGUCCGUCCGUCAUUGCUGGUUCGCGUGCGACCCGUCAAUUUGGAGGAGGAGGAGAAGAAAUUCUUUGAUUCCAAUUGUACGUACGACCCGCAAUUUGAAUACGCCUACCCUCGAGACCAAAUUCAAAAACUUUUCGAGAAAAACUCGGAUAUUGACACCAGCCUCAUGCCAGAAAGCAAACGAUUAUGACGAAAUGCUAUUAAAGCUUGACCUGCACUUGCUGCUUGAUCAUGAGUUUAAUUUUCUUCUACCUCCGCCUUCUUGACCUAGCUUACCUCGAAGAUCAACAUAUGAUUCAUAUCCGCUCUUGAUCAUGCUCUCUCAUUCCAUGAACACGACGAUCGAUGUCGUCAAUUUUACUGAAAGACAAUUAGCCACGGUUCGAAGCUGUAUUGGCACUACCUCUCGUAGGUAAGUAUAGAUACAACUACAUCCUUAACUAGUUACCAGCGAUGUCAUUGUCCCUCCAUCCACCCUGCCUCCUUCUCUUUUAUAUGUCAUUCUCGAGAAAGCGCUGGCGCAGUUCAAAGAUGGCGAUGACUACAUGGCUGCACUGCACGGGACAGAACACUACACGCCUGAUGAGCUUCGUGAAUUUGUGAUGGACUAUCUACGCGAGUUGCGUCUUGAGGAUAAGGUUAACCUCAAAAUAUCGAAAGCGGGACUUGCUGCGGCCUGUUGUACUUACGAAGUAGAUACUAGGGAAAAAGGACAUCCACGCUAUUACUCAUCAAGAACGAACAUUGGAUGAGGUCAUUUCUUGCCCCUCGUCUACCUUCAGCUCCAUCUCUAUCUUUCAGUUUGUAUCACAUUCUCAUCUUCGUUUUCUCUAAGAUUGGAAAAACUUUGUGGAUGGGCGCAAUCAGUAUGAAAUUUCGCUUGCGGCUGGCAGUAUGCCCAAAAUCAUGGCCCAGGGAAUCUGCGACCACGAAAUAGGAACUCAUCUUCUGCGCAUGAUGAAUGAGGAUGUACAGGCUUGGAGCAAUCUCAAUGCUGUCGGAAACCGGAAGCGUUUCGGGUUACACUUAAAUCCCUGGAUAACGGAGGAGGGCCUGGCCACGCUUAACACGUUUUUCACUUUCAAGAUCAAGCUGCUGUACCCACAAGCCAUGCGGUAUUAUGCGGUAUUUACUUACAUCCUGAUGCAGCUUUUCCAUCGAAGUGUAAAUAGGUGAGUCAUGAUGAUCAUGUCGUGAAUAAGAACAUGCCAACACAAAACCACGGUUUCAUAUGUGAUAGUCAGAUGCGUGUGGUAUUCUUGUUAUUUCUGUUUCUUGCCUGCGAGCGAUUCGAUCCUUCUUGAUCACAUCUUCGUUACUCCCUUUCGAUAAAACAUGUGGUACGCACCGCAGGUUUGUAGAGGAACGCAGCUUGGAUUUGUGUCGCUUUUUCGUGAGAUGCAGCCCUACGUGCCAGAUGAACGCAAACGCUUUCGCCUAUGCUGUCGUGUCAAACGUGGACUGCAUAACACUGGACACCCAGUUAAGACCCGCAAGCAUACUGUCCGGUUGUGAGCUCUCUGACUGCUGACUGUAAAUUUGCUGUUAUUGUUAGCGUUACGUCCUCUACAUAUGUAUCCACGGCGCACAAGUAUCUCUAAUGCAUGAAGCUUCUACAUCGAUCAAGCCUAUUUCUUAGGAGCCGUGCAGAUUCUGAGACGGCUCCACGAAAUUCAGGACCUCAGUGUACUGUACGCUGGACAGGUAUCAGUUUACAACCGUUACUAGCACUACCUCCGUCGUUAGGGCGGCGCCGGAUCAGUACUAGAGUCACAACAUAUUAACUGGGACGUCACACUGAUUCUUUUUGAUUUAGUCUGCAUCAAUGCCGAUGCUUUGUACAAAAAACGAAAAAUCCAGAUUGCGCUUCAGGAGUUGGACAAGGUGUUUUUCCUGAUGCGAAGGGAGCUGAUGCGACUGCCACACUGGUUGCGUUCCGCAAAGAAGACGAAGGAGUGGCUCGCACAUUGUCAGGAGCUUCUGGAGGAGAACGAAUUACAACAUUUAUACACCGACCGCGCCGUCAAGGAGACCUUUAUUCGGCGCAACGUUGGUCCUUUACGCCAAACACGACAGUCUUUACCUGCAAAAGCAGUCAACGUUGGGGAUCGCGUGGAGCAAGACGGUUCUUCGGUUAUGAAAAAUGCUCUUUGUGAAUGUGAUUCGUUGUCGGGGUCACAGCGUCAGUGUCAAUUUUUAUAGUACCGUAAUCACAACAUGUACAGUGCUCCUUGAUCUGAGCUCAUCACAAAGUUUUCAUUGCUCGUUAAUACGCUUAUGCUUACGGGGAUCUUCAAUUUCAGUUUUGCUUUGAUGUUCUCUCGUCUCUCUCUCUCUACAAACAGCGUCUUUUGUUCUAAUAGUGAAGUUGCUGGGCGUCGUCGUGCCGCUAGUAUGGAUAACUCGAGCUAUAUGAACGCAACAUCGGCGUCCUUGCGCCACAGCGUGAGCAGCAAGGAAAUCCAUAGUUCUAGUGCGUCGUCGAGCAUCACACAACAAGAGGCCUUUGCUCCCACGAAAACACGUGCGGAGCAGCAGGAAGCAAGCAGACGGCUUGCGGAAGGGCGGCUCACCAGCGGGCGUUUCAAGUCAGCCGUACAAGACGUGAUAAAUAGCACCUCUUCCGCGUCGGGAAGUGGAGCAAAACGGGGUCUAGAUCCUGGUCGCCUUUCUGCGCUGGCGCAGCCGAAGCGCGAUACGAACGAAACUGCAGAUGGAGACGCAAGUAUGCAACAAGCCGCCAACGCCAGUGUCUCAGACCCCUCGCGUCUCCGCGAUCUCGCUAGGCCGAAGCUGGCGAGCACGGCCGCUGAACCGGUAGCGCCGCCCGUCAAAAAUGUAAGGUCGAAAAAGAAAAAAUCGAAAAAGCACAAAAGCGGGGACCGGAGCGAGAGCGAGACUUCGUCCGCGUCAUGUUCGGCUACCGAGGCGGACCCCGGGGAAGGCACACGGGUGAGUAAUUUCAGCGCAGGAUCUGCUUUCUCGCCAGCAAGUCCAAACAAAGACCGAGGCAGUACCUCGUUCCAAGUAGGUGGGAGCAGCAGUAGUUCGGCACCGUUGCGCAGCGGCGGUGCCUCUGGAGGGCUGACACCACUCCAAAGCGGCAGGUCGCAAGUAGGUUCUGCUGCCAAUAGCCCUUCCCAUCAGGGACGUCUUUCGAGUAGCAGUCUCGGUCCCCGCACACCGGUAGCUGGAAAUCGAAGCCCACCCGGCAGACAGGGAAACUCACCAAAUAGCGGCUCUCGUGUUUUGACUUCUCUGACAGGCGGAUCUCCCGCAGCGGGAUUGCGCAGGUCACCGCUUCGGCAACAGCAGGUUUUCGAAUAUGAUCACCAAUUGACUUCUAGUAGUUCAAGUGAAGAAGAACAGACUGUGGCCCAACCCUCACGCUCUUCAAAAGAUGGCCCGCAAAAUGUUGAGGAUACGGAAGAUAAACAGUUAAAGGCAGUUGCGGCUGAUGAAGGAGUUGAGCGGGAAACAUUUGGAGACAGUGCGCAGAAGAGGGAGGAACGACACCAAAGCGGCCUGACGACAGGAUCAACUCUCAACUUUGCCAAAGGUUUUAAUGCAAAAACGGAAAAGAUCUGGCAGAAUGCACAGCGGGGACAACGCCCACGAGCUGACACAACAUUGACGGAUCUGACUCUAGACGAAGACUUCCUACGAGAAGAUCCAAUGUCGGCUGAGGUAUGCACCAAAGCGGGACCCCUGAAGAAGGCUGUUGCGGUACAAGUACAGUCAGCUAUUUACUUGAAAUGUUAUGUGAAUCUGUAACUGUAUCUCCAUCAAGUGGAUUUUGAUUGAGUCAGAAACCUUGAGUUUCCGGUUGAUGCAACACAACAAGGUAGAUUUAGAUUGACACUAUUGGAUUCUUCUUGUACCCUAGGGAGAUGGAAAAGCUUCCUUAUUUGAUUGAUGUUGCACUUGCAGCGUUACCUUUCUCAGGUUCUCGAGCAAGCAAAGGGAGAGAAGAUGAACGACGAUGUUGUUGGUGACCUGGACGAAGACGAUGGAACCUCGACGUGCGCCCUGUCCAGCUCGUGCUCCGCAGCCGAGUUCUCAUUUUGCGGGCCUCUGCGGACACCCUUAUCCGCGUCGUCUUCUGCAUCAUCGGCGGAAACAAGUGGGAGUCGUAGUAGUGGCACUGGUAGCGCUGCGAAAUGUGACUUAACACAGGAAUUCGAGUUACUAGGCAAUACUAGGCAGCGUUCGCCGCUCUCCUCGAAUAGUCCGAGUAAGGAUGACAAGAAUGACAAUCCUCUGACGAAUAAGGACGAGGGUCGCCCACCAGCGACAUCGACGUCGACCGGUGGAGGAGCGCUUCGCCGAAGCUCGAAGGAUUCGGAAAACUACCUUCUAUCCCUUGCCGAUCGGUUGUCCUCAGAGGUGACUACACAGUCGCAGCAGCUGCGUGGAGGCGCGCGGCCAACAUUUGGCUCGAACUGGCGUCCUAUGCCUGAUAUGCCGGUCUCGGAACUGGUUUUUCCCACGGUUUCUAAGCGGCAAACUGGUGCUCAAUCUUCCGAAGAUUCGCAAAACUAUAAGCUUUCGUCGUCGGCGACGCAGAACAGUGGUAAUAAGAAUGAUGCAAUUCGAAUUUUUCAUAGAACAGAACAGUUUAUCUUUAUAGCACGAAUGGCGAAUGGGAAUGGCACGGAUGGCACGAAUGGCGGCACCUUGAAAGGCCCAAAAGGGCCACGAAUGGCACGAAUGGAAAAGCUAAACAGGGGCUGCCUAUGGGUGUCCUGGGUCGGACGGUAUUCUAGCGGAAGAUCUACCGAUUGCCUACUGGCGGGCCGGCUCGUGGCGGAACAGGCCCCGAUCACAUUGGGGGGCGAGGGGGGGCCAGUGGGGUAAGCGGUGCGGGCAGAAGCGAAGCGGCCCAAGGCCGUCCUGCCCUUGAGGGUCCUGGCCGUGCUGCCGGGCAGGGUGGGGGCAGUAUUGUCGUGUCCGGCCUUGGGCCUGCAGCGGUAGCGUGCCGGGCGCUCCGCUCAUGGCCAUGCAUGACGCGAGGGUGUGGCUGAAGGUAGCUGUCCGGCACAGUAGGCGGCGGUAGCCUCACCCGGGAACCGGUGUCCACGAAAGUAAGUGGGGCGCCCUUCGGUCUCCUAGUAGGUGCUGACCAGAGGGCGGGUGGCACAGUUUACAGCUCGGUUUACAGCACGAAUGGCGCAUCCAUGGGACGAAUGGCAUGAAUGGCACACCCCAACCAACCCCAAAUGUGUCACGAAUGGCACGACUGGCACAGGCUGGCAGGGUUCCGCCAGCUGGCGCCCCUGGUCUCCUCCGCUUAUCGAGUAUGUAGGUCGUGCGUAAGUGAUUCUUCCCAUGAGGGAAGCCACGCCGGUCGACAAAGCCGGCAGCGAGCGAGGAGAGGGGGGCGCGAGUCCCCGGCAGGCUCCUCUACCGUUUUGAAAAUGGCAAGGGAGCGGGCUAGGGAAACAGCGGAAGCCGCUUCGGAGGAGUGCAGAACUUCACGCAAGGCGCCGCGUGGGCCUCGUUUUUUGUCGGAAUUUUGUGGGGGUCAUACAAAUUCGGACGAAUUUACGUAACCCCCACGGAAUUCCGGGAAGAAAAUGCUGCGAGACCACCGGAGCGGCAUUCAUCGGGGUCCAGCUUAAAAACAGGCGUAGCCGCGUGCCUUGCGGUAGCCGUGACGACGAAGAAGGGAAGCAAGAGGUGGCGCCGAAGCAUGGCGCCCCGCCCGUACCGGGGAGGCGGCCUUGGUAUCAUCUAGUUCUAGCGGAACUGUGUAAGGGGGUGUGCGUUUGGCUGAGUGCGGGGCUUGGCGCCCGAAGGGCGCCCUGCGCCCGCGGGGUUCUUGCCGGUCGGCAUAGAGGGUCGAGCAGGAAGUGGCAACCUAGUGGAGGGAGCAACGCAGAAGGCCCGAAGGGCGCCCCGCUCUCGAAGGUCUAUUUGGUCCACGAAUGGGACGAGUGGCGAGGUCGAUCGCGGUCACGGAUUGCGCCCCCCCCAUCCGUGCCAUUCGAUCCAUGCCAUCCCAGACCUGGAACCCUUAUAAACUGCUCUACUAUAUAUAAACUGCUCUAUUGUGCGUUGUUCUUGCGCUGACGCUGACGCCUUUUAUCAAUAUUGCAUGUGAGUUGCCACAGCUGGUGCUUGUGAAACGUGAGGUUCUAUAAAUAUGAUAUGUUCAAUAACCAACACUAACAUCAUGACACCAGGUCAGCUCAAUCUUAGUGGGGCUCCCUCCACUGUCGCUGCUCUCACUGCAAAAACAGUUGGCGAGACCAAAAUUGAACAAGCGCCGGUAAUCGGGAGCAGUGUGGUGAGCCUGAAUGUAACUGCUAAAAUCCCCCUCCCACGCGUGGCUUCCGAAGCUACUUGUAAGGAUUCGUUUGCGCCUGCCACUUCGAGCACCUCCAUAGUGCACUCCGCUCCUGGUAUUACGACCAAUGGCACGGAUAAACCUACGACAGUGGUCGCGCCCGCUGCUUCAUCUUCUGAAAAUGGUGGCACGUCUAGUUUUCGAAGUCCCCGAUCAGCAUCAGCAGUACCGAAUAGUACUAAGGGUUAUUACAACAUACUGACCAGGAAACCGCUAGAAACAGAAAAAAACUAAAAAUGCCCUCAAGCGUUAACCCAACACCGCGCCCCUCAUUAAGAGCGGGGCGCAGGCCCCACUGUAAUAGGAAGACCGCGAGAGCGCUCCAGGCGCUUGCUUCUAGAGCAAGCGGACGCCUUCCCCCGGUCCCACCCGAUGGUCGUCGGACCCUGGGGAGCGGCCUCCCGGACUCCUUGCCUCGGUGGGCUUGGCGCUCCCCAUAGCAGUGAGAGGCGGCCAUCUUUGUCGCACCUUGGUCAGAAAGGCCGGGACCAUCCAACCAAGGACGCGGCACUGGAGCAGAGGCGUCGGCUUCUGCCUCGGGGUGUCCCUUGGCGUGGUGCAUCGGCUGAAGGUGGCAGCCACCCUCCCCUUGAACGUCCUCGAAAAGGGUGCGCGAAAAAAAAAAUUUUUGGCACCAAAGGGGGCCAACCCCUUGACCCCCUCUCUUUUCAUUCUAGCGUUUCGGACGCGACUAGGAUCUCCAUUCUAGCGUUUCGGACGACCCCCGUUGCGCCGCCCCCUUUGGUCCCAUUCUAGCGUUUCGGACGGGGCUUGAAUGGAAGCUCCUAGCCGCCCGCCAGAGCGCCGCAGGCAUGCGGGCAGACACUACUAACUGCCUGACGAUCCCUCUGCCAAUGCGCUGCCAAGUGUUCACAAUGUGUGAGUUGGCACAUUCCUGGAGACUCCAGACGCAUCGAUCGCGGGGGCCCUCCCAUUUCUUGGGCGCCCUCCUUCCGGUGUUCGGGUCCUCUUGCUGGUCGGUUGGCGCUUGCAAAGCGUUGCGGCUUGCUGGUAGACCGGGGCAAGCUCGUGCGCAGUGGCCCUUGGCCCGCGCGUGGGGCAGGGGGAACUCAGAAACGCAGCAGAGGCGGCUCCGCCUGAGUGAUCGGAUCAGCUUGCAACGCGAAGGGCAAGUCUCAAAGUGCAUUUUUAGUUUUUUUCUGAUUCUAGCGUUUUUCCCUUUAGUAAACAGAUCUGCUGCAUCUGCAACUGGCCCCUCUGCGUCUACUUCUUCCCGAGGUGGAUCCACAUGCAUGAUGAACAUUACUGCAGUGUCAGCCUCAGCAGCGCCAACGCCUUCCUUGUCCACCCCCGGCGUGGGUAGUCUGACGAGGGGCAUCAACAGAGAACGUCAGAGUGGAGGCAUGUCAGUCCCUGCUGCAGAAGUGGGCACGACUACUACUUUCUCGCUGAAUUCCGCGUCUGCGGCGAUGCCAAGUAUAGGAGGGACAUUAACGACUGAGACUGGACUGCAGCCGACGAUGGAUAUAUUGAUGCCUUCACGGCGAACGUCAUUUUCAAAGCGUCGCGCGGCGCGCGAACAGGAUCAUGCUCGGGGUAGCGACAACGUGCUUUACGGCCACACUAUUCCGUCCCCCAUUCUCUCAGCCGCAGCAUCUAUCAUCGGAGGUGCUCCGCCAGCCUCCACAUCUUCCACACCAGGAGCAGUAGCUGCAUCCGUCUCGCUAGGAAAUCAAAUAGCAGCGGUUGCAGCGGGAAUCACCAAUCGCCGAAGUAGCGGCUUCCCAGCUUCGAUUUCCCUCCCAGCAGCACCAGCAGGGAUGCACUCGCGAAAACAAGCACCAGUGACGGUGAAGACCUUGCAACUAGACAUCUAA